GAGAGAUAUAUAUAUAAUCAUCUAGGGUUUUGCUUGCUGCUUCUCUUUUCUAAGGCUGCCGCGAGGGACAAACGUCGAUUUUCACAACCGGAGAGCUCAAUCUGAUCUCGUAGGAAUCGCAGCCAUGGCGGAAAAAGCAGUCACCAUCAGGACCAGGAAGUUCAUGACCAACAGGCUUCUCUCCAGGAAGCAAUUUGUUAUUGAUGUUCUCCACCCAGGAAGAGCCAAUGUUUCAAAGGCUGAGCUGAAGGAGAAGUUGGCAAGGAUGUACGAGGUUAAGGAUCCAAAUGCUAUCUUUGUCUUCAAAUUCAGAACCCAUUUCGGAGGUGGUAAAUCUUCUGGAUUUGGUUUGAUCUAUGACACCGUCGAGAGUGCAAAGAAAUUCGAGCCGAAAUACAGGCUGAUCAGGAACGGACUUGACACCAAGAUCGAGAGAUCAAGGAAACAGAUGAAGGAGAGGAAGAACAGGGCGAAGAAAAUCCGUGGUGUUAAGAAGACCAAGGCUGGUGACCCCAAGAAGAAGUAAGAUGUUGAAGACAGCAGCAGCAUUAUGGGUUUUAUUCUGCAUCAUCCCUUCUCUAUGGCCAUGUUUGCUAUUAGACCUCUUCUAAUUACAUCUCGAUUUUGUGCUUGUCAUUGUCACACUCGUUCUAUCUCGUUUUGGGUUUUGCUUUAAGCGUUAGAGAACCCAUAUGCUAAAGAUUUUGCUGAAUACAUCAUUUAAAAACUUCAUCUCCUUGGUUCCU